AUGAGGGGCCUGGUUAGUGAGGAGGUCUUGGGAUGGAUUGUGAAGGUACCUUUGAAUUUCAUCAACAGAAAGGAUGAACCAGUCUGGAAAGUUGCAAGAAAUGGAAAGUAUGAAGUCAAAAAAGGGUAUUAUGCAACAAAAAACAUGAAUACUAAAGUGGUAGACAGGGCGAGUUCAUCCACGGUUCUAUCUGGGGAGUUAUGGAAGAAGGUUUGGAGAAUCAAGGCUCUACCAAAAAUUAUCCAUUUUAUAUGGAGAUGUUUGGUGAGAGCUCUACCUGUUAGAGAAGAACUUGCUAGAAGAAAAUGUAGAGUCCCAGUAAAUUGCCCAAUCUGCAAUAAGGAGGUUGAAACAAUAGAACAUGCCCUUUUUACCUAUCCUUGGGCUAAAAGUGUAUGGUUUGGCAGUGAACUGGCUCUGAGAUUUGAGAAAGCAAGCUUUGGUAACUUAGGGAGCUGGUGUAUGCAGGUUUUAGUAGAAGAAAAAUUUCUUGAUGACUUUCAAUUAGCUUAUGUAGCUUGGUUAAUGUGGCUGAUAUGGAAAGAAAGAAAUAAUGCAGUUUUUGAGUUUAAAGCAGUCAAUCUGGUCAAAGUGAUCAAUGAGGCUAGUAAAGCUGUGAGGGAAUUUUGGGAAGCUAAAGGGUGGACAAGGUGGUGGAAGGGCAAAAUGAGAAUGUAG